AUGGACAUACUCGCACAUCCUUACCAGUCGGAUCCCGAUUCGGAGCCCGAGCAUUAUGGGGAACAUUGGGAUUCAGGGGAGCAGCAAGUCCUUGUAGCAAAGCGCGAUCGAGAGGAAGUCCGUCAAAUUGCCUCCGAAUUACACGCUAAACUGCCCCGAGAGUUACGAGAUGAAGUAUACCAGUACCUUGUCGACGACAUAUUGGAUCUCGAAGAAACUCCGAAAGGACUCAGUGCUGCAUCUGAUGAGGAAUUCGUCACUUCGUACUACAAAGUAUUCUGCCCAUCUUAUGUUGGCAAUGAGGUUGCCUGCGAGGCUGCGGAAUGCUACUAUGCUACCGGAGCUUUUGAGGCUUGGACUGAUGCCAACACGCGCGAUCGGUUUGAAGAUAACGGCGUCGAGUCUCAGGGCUUGCCGCGCUUGAUGCGCAUAUUAUGGGAGGACGUUUUCGAGCUUGGUAUAUUGCCGUACAAGUUCAUCCGGCACAUACACAUCAGGUUCGAUGUCGACGAUGUCUGUCCACAAAUGCGAAUAAUGUGGGGAGACGAUCUCGAGUCCGACAAGUUCUCCCGUCAAGAACUAUCGAAUCUGGAGAAGGUACACAGCGACCUAGAGUCCAUGCUCUCGCUGGUGGUAGACAAAGCUAAGCUUAACAUUCGGGUUCAGAUUGAGCCCACCUUACCUGGAUGGCAUUGGCGUGGUGAACACAAGUGGAGAGGCUUGAACCCGUUCGAGGCUGAUUCAUACCGCAUUGAGUAUUUCAACGUUGAGCGCAGUGUGCUUAACGUGUUGGAGGCGAUGAGGAAAUUCCUUUAUGAUCUGAAAUAUGCUGGAGCAUCUGUCACAGUAUUGUCUGAUAUAUAUGGCCAUACAGAGCGUCUCAAUAUGCAAACACUGUUUCAAUCCUCCAAAGAAGAUUGGGAGAAACGAAAGGAGAAGGAGGAGCACACACUUCGAUGGGGACGCUAUCAACCUCACCGAAACUUCAUCAAGCGGAGCGAGCUGGUAGACAACAGUACUCUCCGGUACAAUGAUGAGUUUGCCAAGAACCUUCCUCAAUACAGGCGGCGGUGGGGCUAUGAAGACUUCCAAAAGUUUCUGUCUCUUUCAGCUUCCGAUGGCGUUGGAGAAGGAGGUAGCGAGGACGAAGGUGGCGACAGCGACGAUGUUUAUUACAACGACGCCUACGAAGAAAGUGAAAGCGAGGACGAAUAUGGAGACGGCGACCAUGAAUAUUGA